AUGGAUCACGCCUGCCUGAACAGAGUUAACGGCUACCUGGAGUCCAACGACGUAUACCGCAGCAACAGGAUCGGCUCCAGAAGAGGGAUCUCUACCCAAGACGCCAUUAUACAACUCAAGGGGCAAGUCAUAGACACCACGGGGCGAGGCUUGAGGGCAAUACUCGGACUCGUUCUAAAGAAGGCCUUCGACAGGAUCGAGCACGCGGCCAUCCUCGAAAGAAUCGCGCAACUCGCCCUAGGCGAACGAACCUACAAUUACAUAAGAAAUUUCCUUACGGGAAGAACAGCCAGAAUCAGACUGGACGAUGAGGAGAGCAUCCAGGUGGACAUAGGCAGCGCGGGCACGCUGCAAGGGUCCGUCGUGUCACCGAUGUUUCCAACCUCGUCAUGA